AUGGAAACGACUCGAACACAUAAAAACAUUGUCCGUCCAAGAGCAUUGAGCUCGGCAACCAUAACAAUACAAACAUCUCAAGUGUCUCUGACCAAAAACCUUCAAGAAAUCAAGGUUCGCAGGGACUCACAGGCCUCAGAUCACAAACAAGGGUAUCCCGGCAACUUAGAUUUGACAUGGGUGAUCAAGAGUGGAUACCGCUUAACUCACAAUGCUGACUUGGCACGAGUACAAGCGUUAUGCUCAGCCAGCAUCCAAGGACAGAAGCGUGGGGGUCAGUCCUCUGUGGAUGUAUCUCUCCCGAGACGGCUUCGGGGAGGGACAACGCGCCCUCUUUCCGCCGGGUCUUGCCCAACAGUUUCGAAUCUCUGGCGGAGAAGCGGUGGGAAUAAGAUUUUUGGCGCCGAAAACUUUGAGAUACGCCGUGUGAGCCGCCCUUUGGCCCAAACCAAGGUUUGGAAAUGGGCGGAAUGCGCCAAGGAACCGCCGGAUUUGCAGUGCGACGGAAUGGGCGCCAUUAGCGUCAGGAUAGUGCACAUCCUGAGAGUCCACUCAGGUCUUGGCUGA